UGUGUAGUGCUUUACAAAGGAUUAGUGUUUCCUAGGUAUUUCAGAGAGAACCAAAUUCUGUCUACAGAAGAAAGUGACGAGUUUAAAAGCUUCAUAGAAAGCCACAACAACAGCUAUGAGAGAGACUAUAAUAAAAAGAAAAGAAAGAGAUAUAUAACUAUUCUAGUUAUUGCCAUUUUCUUUCUAGUAAUAACGUUUUCUGCUCUAUUGGUAUUAACAAAACCGCACAUUGACAAUAGCGACACAUGGAGAAGAAUAAAUGCAGAAAAAGACAAAAGCAUCCGCAAUGUUAUAAACAAAAUGACUGAUGAAGCAAUUGGCUCAGACAUAAAUGAAUACCAGCAUUCGCCUUCAACUAAUAGGCAAAGGAUAGUUAUAAGAGACGUAUCUGCAGCUACCGAAUUCAAAAACAUUCACAUUGGUGACUAUCUGCCGCUUUAUAAAAACUACGUGCUAACCAAAGACUAUCUAGUGCAUAUUAUGAGCAAUUCAACUGCCCUGCACACUAAAAACCGAGUAACAAUGCCUAUGCUGAGAGGCUUCCUUAUGAUGACACAGGAUGAAGAAUUUGCAAAUUCAAUAAAACUUCAUCCUGUAUACUUGCAGAAUAUUAAUACAUACAAUCAAAGAUAG